AUGACUGGAAGGAAGGAAGCACGUGAAGGUGGACACGGAGGCGGACGCAGUGAGGCGUCGCGUCGGUCGCGUCGAGGACAAGGGCUGCCGCCGGAGGAGCACAAGGCCCUGAACGACGUUGUCCGGGAGGCUCGGAAUGCUAGUGCUGAGAAGCGCAAGGCGGCCCUGGAAGAGAAGAAGAAGGUGUCGGCGACCGUUCAAGAUCAAGCGGCCCCGGAGUCCUCCGUUCUGGAUGCGCACCAAGCAAACCAGGAUGAGGCUCCGGAGGCGGACUCGACCGAGUCUGUGCCGGCCGGCACCGAAUGUGUCCCAGACCCGGCGACGGGACUGGAUGAGGGUAAGUCCGCACAGGAUGAUGAACCCGCCCAGGCGUCUGUGGGAGGCGCCGAUGAGGUUGAGCCCCCGGCUGAGGAUCGAGUUUCGGCCUCUCCCCAGACGGAUGACGAAGUCGAGAUUCUGGAUGAAGCCCCGACGAUCAAGCACGAAGGCCCGCUGUCGACUGUCCAAGAAGACGGCGUACUGAGCGACGAAGCCGAGACCCGGUCUGCCCCUGCGCCAUCCGGUCCGGCCGCGACUGCCCAAGCACCUGCGCUCAAGAUUGAAGCCCAAUCCAGUCCGGCGCCCUCGGAUUCGCGAGGACCCGACGAGACCAAGGCCCAAGUGAGCGAGGCUCAGGCGAAGGCGUAUGUGGCCGAGCAAGUGCGCCGCUAG